ACCAUACAUCCUCACAAGUCUCACAAGCACCACCACUUGCUAGGUAGCAUUGUUUUUUUCACGAUUAGAGCAAAUUAUGGCACCAAAAAAUUGCGUUGUCCUUGUCUUCUUUUUCUUCCUUGCUAUAUCUUCAUGUUCUGCUUAUGAAACUAAAAAAAAACAGUACAAACCCUGCAAGGAAUUGGUCUUGUUCUUCCAUGACAUUCUCUACAAUGGCAAGAAUGAACAGAAUGCCACGGCGGUUAUCGUGGCCGCACCGGAAGGGUUCAACCGGACGAUACUGGCGAAUCAGUUCCAUUUUGGGAACAUUGUGGUGUUUGAUGACCCAAUCACAGUUGAUAACAAUCUUCACUCACCAUCAAUCGGAAGGGCUCAAGGGAUGUACAUCUAUGACACAAAAAACACCUUCACUUCUUGGUUUGGUCUUUCUUUUUUCUUCAAUAGUACACAACACCAAGGGAGCAUCAACUUUGUCGGUGCCGAUCCGAUUCUGGUGAAGGCUAGAGACAUCUCUGUGGUGGGUGGAACUGGAGAUUUCUUCAUGCAUAGAGGAAUUGCAACUUUGAUGACUGAUGCGUUUGAAGGUGAAGUCUAUUUUCGGCUCCGGGUUGACAUUAAAUUUUACGAGUGUUGGUAAAAUAUUAAUUUACGUAGAAUUUCUGCUUUUUUAUUUGGUGACGAAGGAGUCUUUGAUGUAAUGGUGAGCGUGUCGUGGGCGGGGCCGGUCUCAAUCGCAAAAAUUUAAAAAUUUCUUGUUAUUUAAUAUAAAACUGUCAAAUACCUACACGAUACAUACGAGACUAUGUGACAACAUCCUUUAAAUAAACAGAGUGAAUUAUUUUGUCAAA